AUGACGAUUAAAAAGCAGCGGCUGGGCGAGUACCGCAAGUCAAUGGCAACUAACCCUCUUUUGCUCUUCCCUCCUGUCGGUCGGCCACUGGUCCGCGGAUACACCUUGCCCGGCCCGGACUUUGUGUAUGGCAUGAAAAAUAUUGAUGAUCCAGCAGGAGCCGCCGGAGCCAUGAGACAAGAUCACGAUAUUUGUAAAAAGGCGAGCCACCACACCCUUGCGAAGGAUUUCAUCGCGCUCAACCGCGAGUCGAUCAAGAACGGGCUUGUUACCGAGAAGGAGCAGAAGCAGUUCCGCAAGACGCAUGAUAUCAGACGCAAAAACAGCCAGAACCAGGGCAAGAUCAGUGACACUUCUCCACCUGACAUAUACUUUGGCGUCCCGACCAGGCCCUCGACCCCUAUUUUUGACCUUCUUGAACACAAAUACCAAACAAUUUGGACUGAGCAGCAGCUUCAGCGCGAAGAUCGCUCCAAAGAAGCCUCAACCGUCAAACAUCGCAUUGGCAAGAACAAGAACGGUGACAUCGUCGUCUUCGAGACCAAGGCUUCGCAAAUGAGAAAAGCUCAACACAUCGUAGAAGACAAGGGUCUCUGGCAAAUGUCAAAAUUCAAAAGGUCGGACCUCAUCUCAAGACCUUCCGAUCUGAUUCUGAUCGAGAUGCUGCUUUUGAGGCUCACAUGCACGAUCGAAGCGGCCGACAAGGCAUUCAAGGUCACGGCGUCUAUCAACCUUCUAAGUCCUAAUCAUCUGCUUAUUUACAGUCACUGA